AUACCCUUAAAAAACAACAGAGGAAAAAAAGAACAAAAGGAAAAAAGGACGAAGAAGAAACUGAAAGAUAAGCGCCUGCAAAUGUGAAAGCCUGGUGUGAAAGACAGGCUGAACGGAAGCCAUCGGCGAGGGUGUUAAUGAUCAGGGAGAUAUCCACAGGGUCUUGUAAUGGGUAUCAGUAGAACUGAAGUAAACUUGAGGAGGUUGCUUGCAGCCGCACCUCAGCAACAAAAUCAGGCAAAGCUUAUACAUUAUGUUGCUACUUUACGAGAACAAUUAGAACAAUUGACUGAAGAGAGAACUCUAGAAGGAUUACCAAGAGUUUCAAAACCGAAGGUGAAUGAAUAUUCAGAGAAGAUCGAAGCUAUUGCUUCCAAAAUAACUGCUCCAUCGUCCAAUGUGCAAGUUUCCCAGGAGCCUUUUUCUGGUACUUCUGGCAAGGAAGGCACUUCUAAAACUGAAGAAGAGGAUCACAUGCCCCUUUCCCCAGGAUUGCGAAGGAGAUUUGUGCCUGCUUCAAAAUUUGAAGAUAGAUCUCAUGAUACUAUAAAGGCAGACGCAUUGGGGCCAGUCAAAUUGGAUGCUGCAGCACAGGAAGCUUCAAGAAGACCUGACAGAUGAAAUGGUUGGAUUGGCAAAGCAGCUCAAGCAGAGUAGUCUCUUGAUGAGCCAGUCCAUUCAGAACACUGAAAAAUCACGCUUUGAGUGCAGAUACUUGAUUCUACAGAGAAAGCAGUUGAGCAUAGCUUGGCAAGCACUGGCCAUGUCAAUACACGAGCUAUGGAUAUAUACUCAAAUAGUUUUAAGACCACAUGCUUCACAUGGAUUAUGAUAUUUGUGAUGACUUGUAUCUUCAUAAUGGUUGUGCUUCUGAUUCGUGUCACUUAAGGGAGGUACAAGUGAGAAGUCUCAGCAAAUUGUGCAAUCUGGUUCAUUGUUUUUCUGUUGAUGGAAGGUGAAAAUUCAAUUAAUUAUUUCUAUGGGCCUUCUGCUGCUCUGUAGAAGCAAAUGCAAUUGAAGAGAGCAGUGAUCGAUGGAUGUAAUUCCUUUAAUCAAUGGCAUUUUCAUUCAAUCUCCAAUAAGGUACAUAUCUGUGCUUGAGAAGCAGUUGCUUUGUUAUAUACAUUUACAUUUAUGUGUCCUCCUUAGCCAUAGAUUGAUUUUGUUGCAAUUCUUCAAAAGAUUUUACUCUUUUUGAAAGUUUUGGCUAGUAGCUAGGCACAAUGAUUUGCAUGGUUUUUACUAGUAAUUGAUGUAAAUUUGGCUGGUGAGGA